AUGGGUGCUCUCCUUUCGCUGCCGUUCCUCGGUGGCGGUCUGGCCUCGGUGUCCGCCUCGUGCCUGGCCGGUUUGGCCUUCUGCUGCACCAGUACCGCCGCCUCGGCCUUCUUCAAGUCGUGCAACUGCCAGUCCUCGAUUGCGACCAGGGUCGGCUUUGCCAUCAUCUUUUGUCUGGAUGCCUUGCUCGCAUGGCUCAGCCUGACGGGCUUCGUCAUGCACAAGAUCGAGGAGUGGAGCUACAACUAUGUCAAGAUGGACUGCAAGGACAAGGACCGCUGCUAUGGUGUCCUGGCUGUCCAUCGCAUCACGUUUGCCCUGGCCCUUUUCCACCUGAUCCUUGGCACCUUGUUGAUCGGCGUUAAAGACACGCGCACGAAGCGAGCCGCCAUCCAGAAUGGAUGGUGGGGUCCCAAGGUGCUGCUGUGGCUGCUCCUCACCCUCCUCAUGUUCUUCGUCCCGAACGGCUUCUUCAUCGUAUGGGCCAACUACUUCGCCCUGAUUCUUGCCUGCAUCUUCAUCGUCGUCGGCCUCGUCCUCCUCGUCGACUUCGCUCAUACGUGGUCCGAAACCUGCCUCGACAAGUGGGAGGCCACCGACUCCAACUUUUGGAAGUUCACCCUCAUCGGCAGUACGCUCGGCAUGUACGCCGCCACCAUUGCUCUUACUGGCGUGCUUUAUGGCUUCUUUGCCUCGAGCGGAUGCAGCCUCAAUCAGUCCUUCAUCAGCAUCAACUUGGUCCUCUGCAUCGUCCUCACCGGCCUAUCCGUCAGCCCAAUGGUGCAGGAGGCCAACCCUCGCAGCGGUCUGGCCCAGAGCAGCAUGGUCGCGGCUUAUUGCACCUACCUCAUCGCUUCCGCCGUCAUGAACCGCGACAACAUCGAGUGCAACCCGAUCACGCGAGGUCGGGGUGGAAACGCCAAGACCACGACAGUCGUGAUUGGUGCUGUCUUCACGUUCUUGGCGAUCGCCUAUUCGACCUCGAGGGCUGCCACACAGUCCAAAGCCCUCGUCGGCAAGAGGCGCGCGGCAAUCAACGAAAACAUGCCGCCAUCCGGCUACGGGCCACUGGCCACUCGCGACUCGAUGGAUGCAUCCAGCAGCGGCGGCGGAGGCGUCGUCACUGACCAGCCCGGCAAGAAGGACUCGCUCCGGAUCCAAGCCCUGAUGGCGGCCGUCGAAGCAGGUGCGAUCCCCGCUUCAGCGCUCGACGAGGACAUGGACGACGACUCAGACGCUGGAGACGGAUUCGGCGGUGACGAAGCCGACGACGAGCGUCAGGGAACGCGGUACAACUAUGCCUUCUUCCACUUCGUCUUUGCGAUCGCAGCAUGUUACACUGCUAUGCUGCUGACAGACUGGCGCUUUGUUCGGCUGGGUGGACCGUCGCCGGACCCCUCGGAAGAUGGCGCGCCAAUUGCCUACAUCGGACGCAGCUCGACCGCCAUGUGGAUGCGAGUCGUCAGCAGCUGGCUCUGCAUUGUCAUCUAUAUCUGGAGCCUGGUCGCGCCUGUACUCCUACCAGACCGCUUCGGCUCCGACUGA